UCUCAGGAAUUUCCCUAUAUAAGAGUUGUUGAAAGGGAAUCUUCCUGAAGUUUAGGUAAUAGAUAGAACUUGUCAUUUGUUUGGGCUUUUGAAGUUCAGAAUGACUGAAGCUUCAGCUGCCCAGGCUCCACAGGAACUGGAGGGACUUUUGAUAGUGAAGGUAGAAGAGGAAGAUCGUGCCUGGGGAAAGGAAUCUGACCCCCCUGGUAACAAAGCCUAUAUCCAAGAGAUCUCCCACUUUAGACAUUUCUGCUACCAGGAGACAGGAGGUCCAAGGGAUGCUCUGAACCGACCAGAACUGUGUCAUCGGUGGCUGAGGCUCGAGGUACACACAAAGGAACAGAUCCUGGAGCUCCUGGUGUUGGAGCAGUUUCUGACUAUCCUGCCUGAUUCACUGCAGACCUGGGUCCGCGAUCAUCAUCCAGAGAGUGGAGAAGAAGCUGUGAUGUUGCUGGAGGAUUUAGAGAGAAACCUUGAUGAGCCAGGAAAACAGGUCCAAGCCUGUGCACGGGGACAUGAAGUGCUUUUGGAGAAGAUGACAUCUGUAGGAGUAUUAGAUGAUUUACAGAAGGCCCAGUUCCAUCUGGUGGAGACCCAGACUCCACGUGAAAGAGUUUCAGAUGGUACCAGAUGCAGUUCCACAAAGUUGUCUCCAAAGCAAGAAUUUUUGAAAGAAGUGGAACCACAUGAAAAGAUAACUUAUAAAUUUAAUGGAGAAAUUCCACAGGCUUCUAAAGAUGGAGAAGCAUGUGAACAAGGUGUCAGUAAACAUGGUGAAUCAGAAAGUAAUUUCAUCCAGAACUCAGUCGUUAUUGAAAGUCAAAGGCAUCAAAUAGGGGAGAAAGCCUGUGAACGUGUUGAACAUGAGACAACAUUUAAUCACAGUACAGGUCGUCAUCAGAAGAACCACAUAGGAGACCCAUCCUCUAGAUGUGAAGAAUGUGGGAAAACUUUUAGUUCACAUAAUGGCCUAAUUCGACAUAUGAGAAUCCAUACUGGAGAGAGACCCUAUAAAUGUAAUGAGUGUGGAAAAGCCUUUUGUCAGAGAUCAGUCCUUAAUCAACACCAGAGACUUCACAGUGGAGAGAAGCACUAUCAUUGUAAUGAGUGUGGCAAGUCUUUCAGUCAGAAUGCAGGACUUUUUAAUCAUCUCAAAAAACACACUGGAGAAAAACGCUUUCACUGUAAUCAGUGUAGUAAAAGCUUUACUCGACAGUCAAUCCUUAUACAGCAUCAGGGAGUUCACACCGGAGAGAAACCCUAUGAGUGUAAUGAGUGUGGGAAAGCCUUUGUUUAUAACUCAUCCCUUUGUUCGCAUCAGGAAAUCCACCACAAAGAAAAACGGUUUAAAUGUAACGAAUGUGGGAAAGCUUUCUGCAGGAGAACAAGCCUUAAUGAACACCAGAAAAUCUAUUAUGUGGAGAAAUCCUUUGAAAAUGAUGAAUGUGGGAAAUCCUUCAGUCAGCGUGGAAGCCUCAUUGAACAUCAGAACAACCAGACAGGGGAGAAACAUUAUGAACAUGAGGAAGGUGAGAGCUCUUUUAGUCGAAGCACAGGCCUUGCUGAGCUUCAAAACCGUUCAGCAGAGAAACACUAUGACGAUGACCUAAAUAUAAAAGGUCGUAGUCCAAGUACAGGUUUUACUCAACAUCAAAUGAAGAAACAGACUGAGGAUAAGACAACCUAUCGUCAGAGUACAGGCCUUAUAGAAUGUCAGACUAUCCAGACUGGUGAGGAACAAUUUGAAGAAGAUAAGGGUAAAAGAAGCUUUGCUCAUAGUACAAACAUCAUUGAACAUUGGAGAUCCUACACUAUAGACCAACCAUACAUAUGUGAAGAAUGUGGAAAAACUUCCAGUGCCAAAGCUGGCCUUAUUCGACGUAAGAAAAUUCAUACUGGGGAAAAACCCUAUGAAUGUGAGGAGUGUGGGAAAGCUUUUUGCCAGUUGUCAGCCCUCAAUCAACAUCAGUCUGUCCACACUGGAGAGAAACAGUAUAGAUGUAAUGAGUGUGGCAAAGCCUUCAGCCAGAACACAGGUCUUUUUUAUCAUCUCAGAGUCCAUACUGGAGAAAAACCCUUUCAAUGUAAUUUAUGUAGUACAAAAUUUAGUCGGCACUCAAUACUUACUAAACAUCAGAAAAUUCACUGGAGGAAGGUUUUAGUGGCAUGAAAAAUAGAAAAUUUGCCUGCCUGCCUUUGCCUUAUUGACAUGUUAUUCAGCACUAGGAAAUUAGUGUAAUGACCAAGAAGGCGAGGUAGCAUUUCCAAUGGAGUAAAUUGGCUCCUUACUCCUUUCAUACCUGAACAUGCUUUGGAACAAGAUGCUUAAAUUCACUUGGAUGCCUCUAACAGUGUUCCCUAGAUUUAGUGAUUGGGAAAAUAUUUAUUAUAUAUAUCACACCUGGUUUUGGAGUUGCACCAUAACUACUUGUGAUAGAGUUGUGUCUAGUGCCUAAUCCAAAUUCUGUCAAACUACUUUGUUUCCUUGUGAUUCUAAAGGUUGCUUGCUUUGCUAAUGCAAAGCGUGAUUAAAUUGUGUCUUAGAGCCAGAAUUUUUCUAUAUAAAUCUUAAAUUUUAUAAUGAAAAUGACCAGAAAAUAGAGUUCAGAAUACUAAUAUGUAACAACAAUUUUUCAUUGUAGUAGUGUUCUUGGUAAUAGUGUUUAAUCUGGAUUUUGAAGGGUACCUUUGUGUUUCAUACCCUCAUCGUAAACCUUGUAGGCCCUGCCUUGAUUUUAUCACUAUGCCAAGACUGAUCAGUUUUGGGAGGACUGAUUGACAAUAACAAUGCACACAAAACUGACACUAAUUAAUUUAUAGUGGGAGACAUUGGUUCCAAGAAUUGGAACUAGUCAUUUCCAGAGGGCAUUUUCCCUAGUUGAUUGAUUUAUACAGGAAACCAAAUUGCUAACUAGAAGUUUGCUUGUAAAUACAGAAUUCAGAGCUGGGGAAAUUGAAUGUUCUCAAAUUGUAUUUUUGUUAAGCUGCAGUAGUUCAGUAGAAUACCUUUCUCUAGUCCAGAGUAGAUGUGAAGGCUUGGGAAAAAUAUUUUUCCAGUAUUUUCCUUGUUUCCCUCUAAAACUGAGGAGAAAAGCAAAAGUUUCCCAAUUUUUUGGGUUUUCUAGUACUUCACAUCUCUAUGUAUAUUAAAUAGUGAUUCUAUGAUCAACCAAAGUUAUGCAUAAGAUAUUGUUAUAUUUCUUUAAAACUUUGAAUUUUUAAAAAUGGCC